AUGACCCGGGCGCACGAGGAGGCCCUGCGCACCGCCGCGCGCGGCGGCCCCGGCCCCGGCGCCGCCGCCGCCGCCGCUGCCCAGGCAGCGGAAGAGGGGGAGACCCCGAGCACAGGGGCCGCGGCGGCGGAGGCGGCGGCGGCGGCAGACAAGCCUGCGGCGUUGGGGCCGGACGCGCCGGUGUUGGCUGUGGUGAUCAAGGGCGACGUGCAGGGCAGCGUGGAGGCGGUGGAGCAGGCCAUGGCCAACCUGGCGGAGGGGCGCGCGCACCUGCAGGUGGUGUACUCGGGCGUCGGCCCCAUCACCACGAGCGACGCCAACCUGGCAGCCGCCACCGGCGCCUGGCUCGUCUCCUUCAACCUCCCCGCCCCCGCCCGCGACGCCGACGCGGCGCUGCGCCACGCGGGCGUGCGCGUGGUCAGCCACCGCGUGAUCUACCACCUGCUCGACGAGGUCGGCAGCUUCCUGGAAGGCGCGCGGGGCGCCGCGGCCGCGGCAGCCAGCGAGCAGCUUCUCGGCAGCGCCGCGGUGGUGCAGGUGUUCCCUCUCGUCGUCAACGGGCAGGAGGCCGGCCGCGUGGCCGGCGUGAGGCUCGCAGACGGCAAGCUCGUGCGCCACUGGGCGGCCGCCGCCGCGGGCGACGCGCAGGGGCAGGACGCGGCGGCGGCGGCGCAGUCUCACCGCGUGGUGUACCGACUGCUGCGGGAGGGGGAGGUGGUGUACGAGGGCCCCUGCAGCAGCCUGCGGCGGCGCAAGGACGACGUGGAGGCCGUGGAGGGGCGCGGCGCGGAGUGCGGCGUGGUGCUGGACGAGGGCCGCCUCGCCGACGUGCGUCCGGGCGACGUGCUGCAGUGCGUGGCGGUGCCGGCGGCCGCGGGGGCGUGA